AUGCAGAAUCUCAACGACGUGGUUGCAAUGGCUACUCCCGAGGCUCAAAAUCUUCGCGACUAUGCGGUCAUCGCAAUCAUCAAGAUAUUCGGACUGGCCUACUUCUCUCUCUUUCUUCUUCACUUCCUUCUCUUUCACUUUCCGUCGUCUCCCGGACUGAUCAUCAAUUCCCUGUCCGUGAUCUUCUUCAGCGGGGGCGUCCUACUCGCCUGCCUAUCUAGUCUCAUCUACCGUACCUUGUCCGCAUUUCACGGUGAGGACGCAGCAGACUGGCAAAAGCUGGAGUUUGUGGGAACAUUGGUCCUGAUCUACACGGCCACAAUCCCCUCCGUGGCUUUGCAGUUUCGCACGCAGCCCUCCGUCCAGCUCGGAUACCUUUUCGCCUUCACUCUUGUUGCCGUCGGAAAUUUGGUGGAUUUCCUCGUUUUAGACUCGGACGCCUCGGUGGUUCGUGCCAGGUUCCCGUACCACUGUGUUUCGUUGGGCGUGCUGGCUCUGGUCCCGACCAUACACGCUCUGACCGAAACGUUUCACAGUCCGUCACCACUCGCCCUCGAAUUUGCCUGGCUCGCCGGAAGCAAUUCCCUUGGCGCCACCUUUUAUUUGCUUCGCCCAUUGGAGAGAAUAGGAAUAGUCGACACCUGGCGACCCGGUCUUUAUGCGAUGCACUUGAUUUUGGUCUACAGUACGGUCACUUAUUCAAGAGGAGUUUUGCAAACGAUGCUCUGA